AUGUCUUUCGAACCCCUCGCACAGCAACUGAGCAAUCCUGAUGCCCAGAAGAGGUUAGAAGCAGCAAUCCAGCUCUCUAACAACAUUGAGCACUACGCAUCUGUUCCAAUAUACGAAAAGUUUUUGAAGAAGCUUGUCCCAAUCUUUAUCAACUGCCUCAAUGGCCCGCCAGUUUUUGACAGCACAUCCUCAGAGCAGCUUCGACUUCGCAUGCUCAAAAUCUUCCAUCAACUCCCUAUGAACCUCCCUGAACCCUUCGAGCCAUAUGCAGAAGAGGUAGUGGACUUGUUGCUAGGUUUAGUGACAACAGACAAUGAGGAAAAUGCGUUGCUAUGUAUUAAGAUAAUCAUCGAUAUCAUGCUACACCGGACCAAAGUUGUUGGAAACAAGUUCAAUCCGUUUGACCUCAUCCCACUUGUGGCCGAUCAGAUAAAGAAGUUGGUGGUGGAACAGUUCGAGCCUCAUAACUCUACACCUCGAAUAUCAGCACCAGGGAGCUUCCAGCAACAGCGAACUAUCCCGUUUGCCAAGGCUUCGUUCAGGGUCCUUGCAGAGUGCCUUGCCAUUCCCCAAUCAAUGCACCGGCCUACCUUAAAAUCCAUCAAGCUCCCCUCCCAAUCCGUCGAGCUCCCCUCCCAAUCCUUCGAGCUCUCCUCCCAAUCCUUCGAGCUCUCCUUCCAAUCCAUCAAAAGCGUCCUCCUUCUUCAAGCUAAACCCCAAGAGCAAGCCCAUGCCAAAGCAGCAGCGAAAGGAAUGAUAUUCACAGGAGUCGGUCCAAACAACAGAGCAGUUUUCGCGGAGUUUAUUGGGACUCAAGUCAAGGCUCUAAGCCUGAUUGAAUACCUGUUCCGAAACUCUAAAGAAGAGCUCACCAAACUCGCUGGAUUCAAAGAUUUCCUAUCAAUUCUUCCAGGUAUCGUGAUCCGACUACUGAAAGAUUGUCCACGCGAGUCGACGAGAAUACGACAGGAGCUGUUGGAAACGAUGAGAUAUAUUUUCAACCUCCAUUUCAGAACUCAAUUUCGAGAUUCGAUCGGGGAACUUCUUGAUAGGCGGAUCUUAAUUGAUGACGGCUUGACUGUUUACGAGACUCUGCGACCUCUCGCAUAUGCUACGGUAGCUGAUCUCAUCCACCACCUUCGAGAUGCUCUUGAGCCACCUCAAAUUCGGAAGAUAAUAGAGGUCUAUAUCAAGAAUCUGCAGGAUGACUUUCCUGGUACUGGCUUUCAAUCAAUGAGCGCCAAGCUUCUAUUCGACAUGGCCGAAUGUACUGCCAAGAUUCUUGACAAGGUUGAUGCCCGCCACUACCUGAUCAUGAUUCUGAAUACAAUUGGAGACAAGUUCGCUACCCUAAAUCAACAACAUCCUAAUGCUGUCAAGCUAUCGAAGUUGUAUGCCCAGACAGACAAGGAUGAUGUUCCCGACUGGGACGAGAUUGAUAUCUUCACAGCCAUGCCAAUCAAAACGCGGGAUCCUCGUAAUCAAGUGGAGGGUAACAAGUUUUUGUUCAAGAUUCUCAUAAAUGGCGUUAAUUAUAUCUUCUGCCAGCUGAAGGUAUGCAAAAUCGGAUCGUCAAUCAGGUUCACUGCAGAGGAGGUACAAGUUCUCAUUAAACUCUUUCAUGAAGCGGCCUGCGUCUUCCGGCAUUAUGAGACUGAUAAAUCCCUAACCGAGUCGCACGCGAACCCUCUUGGACUGGUAGCCAAUUGCUAUAACUCUAGUACCGAGGAAGAAAAGGAUUUGAUCAAGGCUUUUGUGGCCGUCCUCGACAUGGAUCUAACGACAUCACACGAAAUCUUCGGCGACCGAUUUCGGACUACUACCCCAAAAUUGUCCGAGAUUCUGCCCAAACUCACCCAAAAUCAUAAGCAGAUGAUCCGCAUCGAACACGCCUUCAACACUGGCGCGGAGAAGUGGUUUGACGACCUCAAUCAUUCGAAUAUCAAAGAGGUUCGCAACUGGGUUCAAUUUGUCCAAGUAGCCACGCGUCGCAUCUACACUUUUGAGAGAAUCGAUGAUUGGCCUGAUCUCGAAAAGUCGGCUCUUCUCAAUCAGUUUCAAGAGCGGAAAGUCCAACUCAUUCGGAAUCGCCCAAUCCAAGCUGCGCUAAACAGCGUCAAAUGGCGUGUCCAAGAAUUCGGCUUCGUAGUCGCGUCCAACCUUUGCAUCAAGUCCUCCGCUAGGCACAUCAUUGAUGUCAAAAAGGACGUUCUCAAAACUCGACUUCGACUUUCCCGAAAGUGCGCAGCUAUGCCUGGCCACUACAUGGAGCCCUUCGUCGAGAUAAUCAUCGAUGGGGUACAAAGUGUCGAAGAAAUGGUUCACGGAACUCGGAAUAGCACAUUCCGAGCUCUACUAUACAAGAACUUGAACCUUUACUACAAGGAAUUCUGGGCCCUGCUAUUGGAAAAGAUCGAGGAGCAAAAAUACGGAUGUUUUUUUGCCCAGAUUUUGGAACAUCUUGACAGUGGGCCACUCCGGAAGGCCGUCGUUGAAAACGUUGGAAGACUGAUCGAAAUUUCCGGAGACAUGGGUGCCGGCGCUCGAUAUACUGCCGUGAUUAACUCUAUUCUUAUCAUGCAUUCGCUCUGCAAGUUUGAAGGAGACAGAGAGUGGAUGGAUAAAAGGGAAAUCACUAUUUGGCUCAAGACAGUAGGCAAGAACCUAGAAGCGCAUCUGCGAACCAACACGAUCCCACCACAUCUUCGUCUUGCGGCCGAACAAGCUAGCGAAAAGUUGGUGGUGAUCUUUAUAAAGUUCUUGGAAUACCACCCCACGGACUUCGACGCUCUUUUUAGCCUCAUCGACUCCGUGACAAACGAAGAUUUCCGGCUAACUCAGCCGCUUCGCGUAUACAUUUUCAACCAUAUCACCAGCAAUUCCAUCGAAUACUGCAAAACGGUUGUGCUACGGAGUUUGGAGGUUUAUGCAAGCAAGGGCGCAUCGCAGAAAACCAAAACUUUCCUGCUGUGCCACAUUGUUAAUCCCAUCAUUGCAAUGGACAAGCGGGAUUUCCUAAUGGACAAGGCUGUCAUCGAAUCCAUUCAUACGAAGAUUUGGAAAGUCAGCCCAGGCGAUCCAAACGAUUUGGAGGUGCUUCAGUUAACUGCUAUGCUUGUCAAGCACCAUCACUCAAUUGUUCAUGAUAUGAGGCAGGAUAUCAUCCAAUUUUGCUUCGCUCGCAGCGAAGAUAGUGUCUACAACAAACAUGCCGCUGUCGUUAUGGGCUAUUGCGCCGCACACUUUGAGAUACCAACCAAGAUCAUCCAACAACUCUACACUUCGGCUUUGGAAUCGAGUCAUUGUUCAUUAGUGGUUCAAGCCUUAGAGCUCAUUGCUCCAAAUUUGUCCAAUACCGUACUAGUGGCUGUGCCUCUCCGAAUCCUUACAGAAGAAAGGCAGGACGCCGAGCAGAUGAGAACCGUCCUCAAUUUCUUGGCCAAACACGCCGAUUGGUUCUUCGAGGAUCGGGAAAGGUUUAUCGUACCAAUUGUAGAGUCACUUCGAGUAAUUGCGCCGCCUUCAAAUUUUUGCCGUGAUGGCAAUUUUUGCCGUGAUGGCAAGGAAUUGGCUCACCAAUUGAUAACGUUAGUUUUGCAAUGGGAACGACAAUGUGUCGAAGGCAAGAAACCUCUGAGCACGGAGAAGCGCAAGUCUGGCGGUUUAGAUAAGCCUGGGUACAAGACUCCAACUGCGGUUCGCGUCAAAAUGAUUACUUAUCUGAUGGAAUUCAUCAACCUAUCCCAGGUGGAAAGGACCAAUUCUUUAUCCCUUCUUAAUGACCUUCUGCGGUGCUGGGGAGUCCUUGAGAUUGAUAUAUCCAAAAACCUCGAGAUCCCUCGGGCGGAAAUGAAUUCCAAAACAAUGGACAACAUCUUACAAGCCGUGCGGGGUGGGCGCCUGACUUGAAGGCGGUAGUGGAAGAAGAGAGUGAAUAGGUUUUGGAGAAGUGAAUACUUGGCAUUUUCCUUCCAACAAAAAAAGUACACAUGGUUCAACACCAUUAGUACUGUCAACCUCGGACUUUUCCUAUAAUAGUUGCUGGG